UUCACUAUGGCGAGGAGGUAAACAAAUCGAACGACAGACGAGGACUGGACAAGGUGUAACUUCUCACCUUUCAGCUAGCCUUUUUGUUGCAUCCUGUUUUGACCAGAGGGACAAGUAUGUGACUGUUCUUCGUUUGACCCGUGGCAUCGAGAAAAGUGACGUAAGGAGGGAAUAAAACGGCUUCGCAUCCAGACUAGGAUGGUUUCUUUUGUGAGAACAGAACGACGUUUGAAACUAGUUGGAUCUUUGCGCUAUGGAGAACACCUCGACAUGCAUCAAUGAUGCAGCUGGUUUUUUAAAAGAAAAGCAUUCGUUUUCAUUGGGUCCCUGUCCAAAAUGAAGCGGAUGAAAACCAUGUUCUUGAACUGUCCCUACUGAAAUUGUCGCCUCCAACUUAGUUGUUAUUCGGGUGUUCGUAGCUUUUCGAUUUUGUACUGUAACGCGUCUUCAGGAGAGCUGAACCAGGAGACGUCAAAAUGUUAACGGGAUCCAAGACUACCUUCAAAGUCAGACAGAUCGUCCCAGAUAUGAAGGAGAGGAUGCUGAGUCAUAGUGGUCUUCACACACGAGGAAGAGAUAUGUUUGGUCUGCGCUGUUUACCAGGAGAGUGUGUCCUCCAGAGGGCGGUGUUGGUGCGGAAGAAGCUCUCUGCGCGGGAGGGGGGUGGCUGGCUGGCGGGGACGCUUUUCUGCACCCAUUUCCGCGUAGCCUUCGUGCCCCAGGAUUGCCACAAGCCCGAUGACAACGCUGACCCUGUGCUCCUGGGUGAUCAUGACGUGGCUCUGGCCUCCAUAGAGAAGGUGGUGGCUGUCGGGCCAUCUCGGACUAAGAUGGUGACCCCCAACUCCUCCCUGAAGUUCACCCCUGAAGAGCUGGUCCUGUACUGCCGAGAUCUGCGGGUUGUCUGCUUCUUGUUUGACCGGCUGACCCCUGAAACGCAGGCUGUGGAGAUCACCUAUUCUAUCGCUAAGACUUACCAACCCCUGAAGCCUGGCACCGUGCUCUCCUUCCAGAACGCAGCCCUGGGAAGUGUUGAGAUGAAGCAGUUCCUGAGCAACCGCAGGCGUGACCCCCAGAUGAACUGGUUUGAGAGCCAGGCUGACUGGGAGAGGGACCUGGAGCGGACAGGGGCCACGGGCUGGAGGGUUAGUGCUGUAAACGACCGCUUUGAGAUGGCCACCAGUCUUCCCAGGUUUAAUGUGGUGCCUCAGAAGGUGCUGGACACUGAGCUGAAGAAGACUUUUGCCCACUUCAACGAAGGACGCAUCCCUCGCUGGUGCUGGCAUCACCCCCGGGGUAGCAGCCUGCUGCGGAUGGCCAGCUUCCAGAACAACAUCUACCACGAGAAGGACGACAUCAGGAACCUGGAGGCGCUGUUGUUCGGGGGCCAGCAGCAGUGCGUUGUCGUGGAGCUGGCAGAGGACAUGCCCACUCCAGCGGACAUUCAGCUGGCUCACACCCGCCUACGGGCGCUCUGUCUGGGCGGCACGUCACAUGGUCUUGUGUACACUGCACGCUUUAUAAAAAGGCUGAUGGGAAAAGCGGUUGCAGGCCAAUUUCCAUCCAAUGGUGGUGUGUCUUUGUCUUAUAGCCACCCUGCUGAUAUUUCCACAUCUGUGUCGGUGCCAGAUGACAAAUGGCUGUCCACUCUGGAGGCGUCUCACUGGCUGGACCAUGCCAGGUGCUGUCUGAAGAAGGCUGCAGAGGUUUCCUGUCUACUGCGAGAUGGUCACAUGAGCGUCAUCCUGCAAGAGCCGGAGGACAGGGAUCUGAACUGCGUGGUGUCCAGCCUGGCCCAGGUGAUGUGUGACCCACACUGCAGGACCCAGCUGGGCUUCCAGGGCUUGGUCCAGAAGGAGUGGGUCAUGGCUGGUCAUCGGUUCCUCAGCCGGACUAACUACCACCGGGAAAGCGAUAAGGAGGAGGCACCGGUGUUCCUGCUCUUCCUGGACUGUGUGUGGCAGCUGUGGGCCCAGUACCCCUCCCACUUCCAGCUCACAGGGGACUAUCUGCUGGCCCUCCACGACAGCGUCCACCUGCCCCUCUUCAGUAGCUUCCUGUCCAACUGUCAGAGGGAGAGGAGCCGGCGUUCACAGAGGCUGUCUCAAAGCUACACCCCGGUGAACGGCUGGAGGGAGGUCCUGCCCAGGGACAGCUCUCAGGACGCAGUGGACCCUCCCCUGCCCCCGGUGUGGGACUGGUCCCUGCAGUACAGCUGUAACAGACGGGCCCGGUUCACACACCCCGUGUCCCAGCCCGUCCCACCCCAGCUGGUCCUGAACGGCAACCUCAAUGCAAACCCAGACUCCCACAAGCUGCCUGACGGAGCUCCAGGCUCAGUGCUCCUGCUGUCUCGGGGCACGUUCUCGUCCCCCUCUCACCUCCUGCCCUGGCGCAGCGGCGGGGGGUCGGGGUCUUACCGGAAGAGCCACAGACGGGCCCCGUCCUCAGAGAGCCUGCCAGGCCUGGAGCGCGUGGUGAAGGCGUGGUCCCUGAGCGAGGCCUGCAGACCCCCUCCCGCCCCGCUGGACCCACACGAACCCCUGCUGCCGCUGCUGCUGGGCCCCUGCGUCCGCGUCUGGAGGGACUGCUACCUCCGCGGGGCGCUCCAGGCACAGGCUUUCUGCCACCCCACACCUGCAUCCAUGUACCACCCUGUGGACCAGUUAGCCUGGGAGGUCCAGCAGCUCAGAGACAAGCUGGCCUCAGUGUCAACCAGGAACGCUACCACCACAGCUAAAAAGCAGGAGUCUCGGAGGCCUGACGCCAACCUCAAUCAGAACAGCAACAACGGGACCUUCCUGUUCUCUGCCCCGCGACCCUCCAUGGCCACGCCUCGGAGCCCUCCUCCAACAGCCACCCCACCCAGGGCCCCAAAUCCCACUGGAGCCCCGCCAAAGCUCGCCGGCCGGGAGGCGGGCAAGCGCACCUUCCUCUUCGGCCACCCGACCGACGGUCGCCCAGACCAGCGCUACGCCCCCACGCCCAGCGCAAGGCUGCCCAAGAACAAUGGCCCUUCCCUGGGGUCAUGAACUCUGGACCUCAGGGUUGACUCUGAAAGCACUGCACAGUGAACAAAGAGCAUAGAGCAGUCAUUCCCCUGGCAGUGAACUCCAUAUGCAAGGCUCUCUCAGCUAAUUUCCUCUGUCGUGCUGCAAACUCAAACUAGGUUAAAAUGCAGGUCUGCCUCCCUUAAUACAAGUACGCUUGCGCAACUUGACCAAUAUAAAUGUAUUAGAAAUGUGAGGAGCACAGCACAACACAAAAGUAUUUGUUAUGCAUUCUGAAAAGCUGAUGUCUACAGAUAUAACCAGAUUACUUCAAUUACAUAAUGACAGCAUCUAUUGCUUAAAAGUAUUUUGAUACUUUGUUUUAUCUUUCUUUUGUACUCAUUAGGGAAAUCCUAAUGACCAGCUUUCAAAGCUAAUUUAAAUCCUUUGUUUAAACCUAAGGGCUGCUCUCAAUUUUGUCAAUUGAGUAGUAAUAAUAUGUAUAUAAUUCUGUCAUGAUCGGUAAUGAUGAUUGCCCCUAUUUCUGCUGGAUCCAACUAGAACACCACUGUUCAUUUUAUUGGAACCUACCGCACUAAAUCUAAACCCAUGGUUUGAAUGCUUAUUAACGUUAAAUUGCAAUUCGUUUAUAUUUGAAUUUUCAGUCUGGUAAAAUCAGGCGGAUAGUGGGUACUUUGGAUUCUGUCUAUGAAAGUAAAUGGAGAAAUUAGGCUGUUGACCUUUUAGUCAGGACUAAUGGUAGUGAUGUGCAAGUGAAAUCACAUAGUCCUGACUAUGAAAAUUACGGGGAGAUAUUUAAGUCACACUUUUGUUUGAGGAAAAUAUACAGUACACCUUUCCUGAGCUUUAUUAUAUGUGACUUGAUUUGGGCCUCGUAAGAUACUUUGCAAGAGGAGUGUUAUGAGGAGAGAAAUAUCCUGGAAUGAAAAUACAGGGGGUUGCUUUUCACCCAAACUCAGAUCUAUACCACACACUCACCAAAAAUGUUUUUUUAUCCAACACACUUUUUGUGUUACUAAUUCUGCGUUACUUUCAACACAUUCAACAAGUUACUACUUUUAUGUUACAAAUAUACAAUUUGUUACAAAGGGAGACUUUUGAACAGACUGUGUUGAAAGUAACAAGAAAUGUGUUGUCCAUAACUAGACGUGGGGUGUGUUACAAAAUUACACAUUAUGUGUCAUUUUUACCACAUCUGUUUUGAGUGUAGGUUCUCCUUUACUCUAGCACAUUUUCAUUUUCAUGAUUACCCUUGAAGUAUUAAUCAACAGGUAAACAUUUUACAGAAUUUAAAUAGAAGAUGGAUCAAUACGAUAGCCCAUUUAUAUAUUUGCAUAUUAUCAUUUUUUAAAAUCAUUUUUAUACUUGGUUGAAUGUGUUAUUAUACACCCAUUUGGUGACUUAAGUACAUUGUUAAAAAAGGAUAACAUUGAAAACCCUUCUCGAAGUACUCGAGGGAAAUGUGUACAAGUAUUAAUAAUUAUGAUUAUUCAUAUCCUUGCUGUAAUUAGGUUAAGCAGUAAUUGUUUUUGCCCGUUUAUAUUUAUGUAUUUUGCACAUGUAUGGUACUGUUAGAUGUAGCAUUUUUUAAAGCCAUGCUAGUGGCGUUCUGGCUCAGAUUAUUUUAGGAAGAGGAGCACUGGGCCAUGAAGAGUACAUCAAGACCUGUUUCAAUGAUGUGAAUUUUCAGUCAUCAAAAGUACUAGGAACAUUUCCAUGAAUAGUGUUAAUCAAACAUACUCCAAGGGAUUUUACCUUAGAAAUCAAACCUACUUUAAUCACAACUUUUACCAUGGUGCAACUGAUUUUAUUUGUUGUUUUAGACAAAACCCUGCAAAUUCCAGUUUGAGCCUUUAUCUUAUUUUUUCGAUUAAAAAGCAUCAAACCAUUGAUUUUGAUUCACUUAAGCAAUUUGUUUUUAAAUCUAAAAUGAUUUGUGAGAAGUUUACUCCGUAAAAACAGAUAAUUGGAAAUACAGGAAGAAUAAUUGUAAAGGCUGUGGUUUACAUUGUGGUGUAUAGUACUUCUGCUGCCUAGCUUCUACGGACGAAACAGAAAGGUGACAUUUUUGCUGCCAGCAUUGUCUUUGUGGAAAAGUACCAUGUCUUCAGGUGAAUGUUGGGCCCAGAAACACUCCUUUGACUUGAUACUACUUAUUAUGAACAUUGUAAAUCUGGGUUUUGUUUUGGUACGAAUGACCAAUUAAUUUGCCAGUAUGUUUUCAUAUCAGCAGCUUAUUUAAUGCUCAAGAAUAAUAAAACUGAAUUUUAUCCCAA